AUGGCGACAGAGUUGACCGUGCAGUCGGAGCGCGCUUUCCAGAAGCAGCCCCAUAUCUUCCUGAACUCGAAGGUCAAGUCGAAGAGCAAGAAGGUCGGCAAGGGCGGACGGAGAUGGUAUAAGGAUGUCGGUCUCGGAUUCAAGACCCCUAAGACCGCCAUUGAGGGAAGCUACAUCGGUAUGGAGGGAAUAUUUCUUCAUUUUUCAGCAUUUGCGGCUUGUAAUGAGGUGGUUCGGAUGCAUUGUGAAUUACGCCAUCAUGGGAACAUGGUUGAUUUACCAACAUCGCCAACUCGUUACACGCUGGCUGCUACACCAAUAUUUUCCCCCCACAAGAAGUGCCCCUUCACAGGCCUCGUCUCCAUCCGUGGCCGUAUCUUGACCGGCACCGUCGUCUCCACCAAGAUGCACCGUACCCUCAUCAUCCGCCGAGAAUACCUUCACUACAUCCCCAAAUACAACCGAUAUGAGAAGCGACACAAGAACCUCGCUGCCCACGUCUCGCCCGCUUUCCGUGUUGAAGAAGGUGAUCAGGUUACCGUUGGACAGUGCAGACCUCUCAGCAAAACUGUCCGAUUUAACGUCCUCCGUGUUCUUCCCCGCACCGGCAAGGCCGUCAAGUCCUUUAACAAAUUUUAA